GUUUGGUCAUGUUUCCAGGUUAAUUACAUACUGACUGCAAAUGGAGCAAAAAGCUUCUAAUGCGCAAAGUGACCUAGAGCAGAUGUUAGUCGAUGAAACAAUUGAGCCCAAGGCCUUGCCGUUAUCACUCUUGAAGGACAUCACAAAUGAUUUUUCCGAUGACCGGGAGAUUGGAAGAGGUGGAUUUGCUGUGGUUUAUAAGGGAGUACUUGGUGACAGGUCGGUUGCCGUGAAGAAGUUGUCCAAAGCUUAUAUGCAUGAAACGGAAUUUGACCGAGAGAUUGAAUGCCUCAUGCGGGCUAAGCACAAAAAUGUCGUAAGAUUUCUGGGAUAUUGUGAUGAUAGACAAAGAAGUGCAGAAACUUAUGAUGGAAAACUUAUCAUGGCAGAUAUACAACAAAGAUUGCUUUGUUUUGAGUACAUACCUAAUGGGAGUCUUGAUUUGUAUCUUAACGGUACUUGAAAGUUGGAGUGGUAGGUUGGAGAGAUCAAAACAAGACACACUCUACGAACAAAUACGUGUAUGCUACGAGAUAG